GUUGUUGUUGGCCAAAGAAGAGCGGACUGAUUGAACGGAGUGCAGCAGCAACAGCAGUGCUCGGUGCGGCGAUGGCCGCUGAUCUGGCCUGCAAGUGAGACGGCCAUGGCCGCCCUGGAGGUAUCCUGGGCUGAAGUGUGCGAGAGGCACGCCCGGUUGGCGGCCGCCGAGCUGGCCAAGGCCGUGGGCUGUCUCGAGGGGCGGCCGGGGGCGCGUGAGGUGGUGCGCCGCUUCGUUGACACGUUCGUCGAGGAGGCCGAAACGCAGCUUGUGGAGGCGGGCGGGGGCGGCUCGCCGCGGACUUCCUUCCUCCGGAGGCUGUCGUUCAAGGGCCUACGGCUGUUCCAGCGCAGCGAGGACACCUCGGAGACGGGCCGCAACCGCCGCCUGGCGAAGAUCGUGGUCGAGUGCCGCAAAGAAGGCAUCGUCAACUACGUGACCGGCGAACAACUCGACGGUCGCGAGCAUAAGUGGGAAAAGUGCCGACUCGCCCUCGUCAAAACUGUCGGCGGCUACAUGCUCGAGUUCUACUCGCCGCCAAAGGCGUCCAAGCCAAAGAGUGGAGUAUUUUGCUUCCUGAUUGCUGAAGCCCGCGAGACACGAGCGCUAGAAAUGCCUGACAGAGAAAACACAUUUGUCCUAAGGGCAGAAAACAACAUGGAAUACAUAAUUGAGGCACACGACGCUGAAGACAUGAGGUCCUGGUUGGCCACCAUCAAAUACUGCAUGCGAACAACAAGCCCAGAUGAUAAUAAUGCUGACGGACAGGAUGUAAGAAUUCGAGUGGAGAGAGGCACGCGCCCAGAGCCGAUUCCUUCUCACAACACAGCCGCAUCCUCCCCAGCAGGCUCGUUAGGGGCCGCCGAAAACCCCCCUGAACUGCCUCCCAGGGUGCCUGGGGGACUUCGGCUUUCAAGUAACAGCAAUUUUGAACUGUGCUCCAGCCAGCAAGAGUUAGAAAUGAUGGCUGAGGCAUCUGGUGUUGGAACCGAGCCAGACAAUGCUGUGGUGCUCCGGGAGUAUCCUUGGUUCCAUGGAACUCUCGCUCGCUCAGAGGCUGCCCAAUUGGUGCUCAGCGCAGGGGCCAACGGACAUGGUGUCUUCCUGGUCAGGCAAAGCGAGACAAGGAGAGGCGAGUUUGUCCUCACUUUCAACUUUCAGGGCAGAGCAAAGCAUUUAAGAAUGACCCUGAGUGGAGAAGGUCAGUGUCGUGUGCAACACCUCUGGUUUGCAUCCAUCUUCGACAUGCUGGACCACUUCCGUAUCAACCCCAUCCCGUUGGAAUCUGGUGGUGCCUCCGACGUCACUCUAGCCGACUUUGUGGUAGCUGGCAGGUCUGCACCUGCAAAUGCAGCCUCAGCUGGUGGUAGUGGUCAGAGGACAGCAGCGCCCCCUGAGCCCAGAGAGCAGGUGAUUACUCACGGAGGCUCGGUACGAACAAGGACAGAAUCGAUGGAGAGGCUGGAGCGCCAGGCUGCAGGAGGCCGAGCGGUUGAGAACACGUACAGUUUUGUCUAGCAAGCAUUCCAGACUGAUUGACAGUGGCCAAAGACAGGAUGCGUGUGUGCAUGUGCAUUGUGUGUAUCUCUAGUCCUCUGAUAAUAUGUAAAUAAAUAAAUAAAUAAAUCACUCUCAAAGCA